ACUCUCGCCAGCCCCUCCACGUCAAUCAACCCUCCUCCUUCUCGCACUCUCUGCACCUUGUUAUUAAUCUCAAUACCGAUAUCGCGCGGACGCCUCUCCCCCGGCCCUCGGGGGUGUGAACGUGUGUGAGCGAGAGCGAAGGCACCGAAAGCUAGCGUCUCUGUACAGCAGCCUCGGGCCCGGCAGCAGCAGGCGCAGCAGCAACCCCCGCAGCGGCGACAGCCCCAGCGCCAGGAGGCCAAGGCCAAGGCCAGGCUCUGCGCCGCUCUCGGAGUAAUUGCCGCGGCUUCAGAGGCUGCGGGGGCGCAGCUUCCUCCGGCGGGGGCCUUCGCGUCGGCGGCCGCGGCCGCGGGGCCUCUCCUGAGUGCCCAGGGUCACCGUCCCCGAAACCCGGCGGCGCGGCCCUUCGUCCCCCUCCCCGCCCCCAGUCCGUCUCCUCGCUCCGGUCAGCAGCAGUCUUCUUCGCCGCCGCCUCUGCUGUUCCUCCGGCGGCCCGGCCCGGCCCGCCCGCCCCGCGUCCCCUCCGGCCGGUGCCUCUCCCCCCGGCGGGCUGCCUGCAUGUCUUUGCUGCCCUCAGCCCCGCCGCCACCGCCGCCGCCGCCUCCCCCGCCGCCGCAGCACCAGCACCAGCAGCAGCCGCCCCGCCGCCGCCGCCGCCGUCGCCGCCCGGACCCCGGCGCGCUGAAUGCAGACUAAUAGGGAUGCCAAAGGAAAAAUAUGAUCCUCCAGAUCCUCGCAGAAUUUAUACCAUCAUGUCAGCAGAGGAGGUAGCCAAUGGGAAAAAAUCUCACUGGGCAGAAUUAGAAAUCUCGGGUAGAGUGCGGAGCUUAAGUACGUCACUUUGGUCAUUGACACACUUGACAGCACUGCACCUAAAUGACAAUUACCUUAGUCGCAUUCCACCUGAUAUUGCCAAGCUUCAUAAUCUGGUUUACCUGGAUCUGUCAUCCAAUAAACUCAGAAGUUUACCAGCAGAACUAGGAAACAUGGUGUCUCUCAGGGAAUUGCUUUUAAAUAACAAUCUGUUACGGGUUUUGCCUUAUGAACUUGGUCGGCUCUUCCAGCUACAAACUCUAGGUUUGAAAGGCAAUCCUUUAUCACAGGAUAUUCUCAAUUUAUACCAGGACCCAGAUGGAACCCGAAAGCUACUGAACUUCAUGCUUGACAAUCUUGCAGUUCAUCCAGAGCAGCUUCCUCCGAGGCCAUGGAUUACAUUAAAAGAACGAGACCAAAUUCUGCCAUCAGCAUCAUUCACGGUCAUGUGUUACAAUGUGUUAUGUGAUAAAUACGCCACCCGGCAGCUAUAUGGCUAUUGCCCGUCCUGGGCAUUAAACUGGGAAUACAGGAAAAAGGGAAUUAUGGAAGAAAUUGUUAACUGUGAUGCAGAUAUCAUUAGUCUUCAGGAAGUGGAAACAGAGCAAUACUUCACUCUCUUUCUGCCAGCAUUGAAGGAGCGUGGAUAUGAUGGGUUUUUUUCUCCAAAGUCACGUGCCAAAAUCAUGUCUGAGCAGGAGAGAAAGCAUGUGGACGGUUGUGCAAUAUUCUUCAAAACAGAAAAAUUUACUUUGGUGCAGAAGCAUACAGUGGAAUUUAACCAAGUGGCAAUGGCUAAUUCAGAUGGAUCCGAAGCUAUGCUGAACAGAGUGAUGACAAAAGAUAAUAUUGGUGUCGCUGUGGUAUUAGAGGUCCACAAAGAACUAUUUGGAACAGGUAUGAAGCCUAUUCAUGCUGCAGACAAACAGCUGCUUAUAGUGGCAAAUGCCCACAUGCAUUGGGACCCAGAGUAUUCUGAUGUGAAACUUAUCCAGACCAUGAUGUUUGUCUCAGAGGUUAAAAACAUUCUGGAGAAAGCCUCUAGUAGGCCUGGCAGCCCAACUGCAGAUCCUAAUUCCAUCCCGCUGGUGCUAUGUGCAGAUCUUAACUCAUUGCCAGAUUCAGGUGUCGUGGAAUAUUUAAGCAAUGGAGGAGUAGCUGACAACCAUAAAGACUUCAAGGAACUAAGGUACAAUGAGUGUCUUAUGAACUUCAGCUGCAAUGGAAAGAAUGGAAGCUCAGAAGGGAGAAUCACACAUGGCUUCCAACUGAAGAGCGCCUAUGAAAAUAACUUGAUGCCUUACACCAAUUACACCUUUGAUUUCAAACUUAAUUCAGACUUUCUACUGCUGCUGCUCUUUCCCCAUCAAUCUAAGGGUGUGCCUGAACCAGUUAAUGAAAAGAGGAAGGACAAUUUUCAUAUUUUGUCAAGUAGGCGUGAUUGACUACAUUUUCUAUUCCAAGACUCAUAUGAACGUGCUUGGUGUCCUGGGGCCUUUAGAUCCUCAAUGGCUGGUUGAGAACAACAUCACUGGGUGUCCACACCCUCACAUCCCUUCAGACCACUUCUCACUGUUAACACAACUUGAACUCCACCCUCCACUUCUGCCUCUUGUCAAUGGUGUUCACUUGCCUAAUCGGAGGUAGUGGAGUACUGCCCCGCAAAGACGGGGGGAUCUGUUGCUAUGGACCUGUACAGUUGUAAAUCAAAGUAUGUAGGAGUGAAGUAUGGCCAUCCUUAAGCUGCUUCUUCAGGUUCCUUUCAUUAUGUGUUUGCUCUAAGAUUUUGUACAUUUUUGUGCAUAUUGGUAUCAUUUGGCACUAGGGCUGGAACCAAAGUAUUACUUUCCAAAUUUUUAAUUUAUCAUGUUUUUAAAUUGGACCUUUUUCAUAUUAUCUUAGAGUCAGCAUUUGUAAUUAAUAAAUCACCAAUUCAAGGCCCAACAAGUGUAUUUGUUUUUCCAAAACAAAUACUUUCUUUUGAAUGGUUUCAAAUCAACCAUUUUUGUAAAAGGCAAUUAAAAAGAACUAUAAAUAUAACAUUUUAAACUGAAUGAUGGCAUGCCUUGCAGGAAAAAUUUCUUGGAUUUCUGUUUUCCAUUAUAACAAACUGGUUUUUGACUCCCCAAGUCUUUUGCACAUUAACAAAGCACUUAAAUUUGCUAGAUCUGUACAUAAACGAUGAUAUAGCCUUUAACCAUAAUAAGAAAAAUUGAGAAAUUAAAGGUGGUUGCACAAUAUGCUUUCAAAAUCAAGCAUUUAACAGUACAUGACAGUUGGGCAAGUGCUGGUUAUUUUUUUGUUUUGUUUUGAAGAAUCACUCUAUAUUUUGUUCCUCUAUUAGUUGUAACCUCAUUAGAAGUAUUAAUUUUAAGCCUUUCUCUCCAGUUUAUUUAUUGCGGAACAGUGGGUAAUUUCUACUGCCACACAUCUUGAAAAUAGAAUUUUUUUACAUUUAGGAUGCCCACAAAAUUUGUCCAGUAUUUUUAAUUAUUCCCAUCCACCUUUUUCUGCCUGGUUGUGCUAAAGAAACAGAUAUUAUAUGAUCUGUACGAUUUUUGCAGUUAUAGUCAAAUGUUAAAAAACAAACAAACAAACAAAAAAAAAACAGAACAACUGCUGAAUGAAAAGACCCUGAUCAAAGUUUUAAAAGGGAAAAGUGAUACAAAUAUUUCAUGUGUUUCCCAAAGUAGGGCAAGUGUCUGCUGGUUUUGGCUUUUUGAGGUGGAAAAGAUUUUGGAGGGAGAGAGAACAGGGAGUAGUUGAAAACCUCAGAUCAUUUUUCCUGACUCUAGUUGCCAAAUGGCCAUUAUAUGCUUUUAAUCUUUGUUUCUGUUGUCUGUCAGGGUUGAAUUAAGAAGCUACUGGUUUAUUCCCAACUGUUGAUGCUCUUUAGAAACUUCGGAAUCCUUUUUUUGCCCAGGAGGGGCCAGUUGAAAAUCUGUGACUCAAGAGGCAGUGAACGUAAUAACCGUUUUCUGGGGGAAAAAAUUGGUUGGCUACUUGAUGUUAAUUAUGGCACAGUAACAGGAAAAGGUUGUGUCUGUGUUUUUAAGUUUUUCUUUAUUCUGCUUUUUUGCUGCUAUAAGAGUUUUCUGAAAUUUAUAUUUUAAACUUUUCAUGCACUUUACUGUUUCUAGUCUCAAAAUGUGAUAUUUUUAAUAAACAAGAAAUUUUCCAUUAUGUGAAUGAAAUUUUAAAAGAAAAUAGCCUAUAUUUGUGUCUCACUAAUAUAUAAAGUACAGGUCAAAUUUAAAUUAUUUAAUUAGUUUUAAAUAUAUACAAUUUGUCUCCUCUUUCAAACCUGACAUCGUAGGCUGUUUUAUUAGUCUUAAAUGAUGCAUUUCCUUUGGUCAUUUUAUACUAAUUUCUUCCAUAGUAAAUUAAUCAGGCUAUAUAAUAUUUCCCCUGAAGGGUAAUUUUAGUGGGACGAGGGUGGUGGGAUGAUGUAAUGUCGUAUAUGGGAUCGCAUCAGAAGGGUUCUGUAAAGCCUAAACUCCCUUUUAAAAGUGCCUAGUGAUAGAGGCGUUGUUUGUCAUCUUUUAUAAUUGGAAUGUAAUUGUAGUUGAGUGAAGUUUGAUGUAAAUAAAAUAUUCUUUUAAAAAUGGUAAAGUACCAGAAUAAACAAACAGAAACAAAGAAACAACCCUUAAGGUGACAGAUUUUCCUCAAUGUGCAGGUAUCCCUUCUUAUAUACCUCAAACAUUCAACAUCUAGCCAUGCAAAUUGAUUACCUGAACCAUAGUACUGGAAAGUAGAAUAGCAUGAAAAACUUAAUUUUGUGGACAUUACCUUUUUUUGUAAUCAGCUACUGUAUGUUUUAUUUUAAAUCUUUUGUUUUGGGUGGAUUUUCUGCUCUGGAGGUAUAUGCACUAACAAAACAUUUUCCUCCUUUCAUAUACGCAUGUUAAUUAGCAAUGUGAGCAAUAUUUCCUACCAUACUUCACUCCCGAUAUUUUUUGAGAUGUUUGUAUAAAAUGGAAUUUAAAGUUCACUUAUGAUUGUAUAUGAACCACAGAGGAGCCCAUUUAUUAAUAAAAAAAAACUUUUUUAAUAGUUAAAUGUAGAGGGAAAAAAUAAAAAAAAAAAUUGGGAAACAUUGUAAACAGCUUAAGUUUAUUUUGUGUAUGAUCGAGGCACUCUGUUGCAGGAAGGUGUGUAAUUGGGUUCUCUCUGCUUCCAAAUGCACUCUUUCAAACCAUUCAUUAUCCUGUGUAUUUUUAAUGUGGUUUUAGUAAAUGUUGGUAGUAGCUCUGUUGAAGUAGGUAAUUGUGUUAUGUUUUGGGUGGCACACACACUUGGGGCAUGGUAACCCAAAUUUCAUGUGCACGGUUUCCCUUUAGCCCACUGCCCAGAUUUCACACACUUUCACCCUUUGUUCCCUUUGUAAAAGGAGUGGUAUCUGUUUUGAGCUGCCAAUUCAGAUGAUCAGAAAUGCUGCUCUCCUCAGUAUUGUCUUGUUAAAACGCAUGCCAUUUGGAACUUUGGCAGUGAGAAGCCAAAAGGAAGAGGUGAAUGACAUAGGGUAUAUAUUCAAUGAAAGUAAAAUAUUUAUGCUUAUAUACUUUCUAGUUCUCAGAAUAAGUUUAAUAAGCUUUAUGCCAUGGGGCUGCUGCAUAUUUUAUGUGAAGUUAAGAGAAAAUUUGGGCAUUUUUAGGUUGUGAUAAUGUGUUGUGUUUUUUUUUUUUUUUAACUGUUAAAUAUGAUUUCUGAUCUUUGUGUAAGAACUGGAGUGUUCUUUAAAUUUAUUGAAACAGUGUUUGAGGAAGGGAAAACUGCACUGUUUGCUAUUACAACAGUCCUACAAGUGCAUGUCAAGUCACCCACUCUCUCAGGCAUCAGUAUCCGCCUCAUAGCUUUACACAUUUCGAUGGGGAAUAUUGCAGCAUCCUCAGGACUGACAUCUGAGAAAGGCUCAAAUCCACUUACUGCUCCUUGCUUGUUGACUUUGUUUUAAAAUAUUGUGCCUGGUGUCAACUUUUAAGCAACAGCACUGCCUAAAAGCAAGCAGAGAACAGAAUCCCAGCACCAUUCUAUAGGCAACUUUUUAGAAUUCAGAUAUAGUAAAUCUGUUCGAGAUUUAUGAUGUUUUAUGUAAAAAAAAAUUUUGUACAACGUAGCUGAAUAUUUUUGUUUCAUUUCUUUGAUGUAAGGCGUGUGAACGUUCGUUUGAAUAUCACAUGUUAAAGUCAGGUAAUGGCACAAUGGGUUCUGAGACCAGCUUCCCCCCCCCCCCCCCUCCCAUUUGCCUUGUUCCAAGCUCUUUCUUUUCAAAUUACUUUUCAAUAUUCAUAGGCAGAUAUUUAAUUUUACUAAUAAGCAUCCUGUGUGAAUGUAUUAAAGAAGCCACUGUGUUUUAGCGUUACAGUUUGCAGAAGUAUAAAGCUUCGUUCUUCUUUGUCCCUCUUAUUUGGUAUGUUACAGUUAUGUAUUGAAUCACAGAGAUGGGAGAAAGUCGAAAGAUAUCUAAGGCUCAUAUCACUUGAUUCUACGGUGGGUUGUAUUAGAAUUGAGGAUGUGGCACAUUAAAACUGGAACAUGGGCAAACAUAACUAUGUUCCAUUUAAAAAUUGUGUCUUCUAAUUAUCUAUUAAGUGGGUGAAAAAUUAAGUUUGCAUUUGUAUUCCCAAGAGUUUCUAAAAAUCACAAAUGCCAUCUAUACUUUCAAAUCAAAUAGCAAGAAGUAGAAUAGCACAAGACAAAAUAGGUUAAAUGUGUUCUUUGAUGGAAUCAGAGGCAUAUUGUUUUCAUUCCUAAUAUAGGGCUAGAUUUUCUAGCGAAUUGGCUGUGUCCCAGUACUUACAGUACUUACUUGUUUCUAAGUCUUCUAUUCUGAGAGAUUUUAAUAGCUUUGUAAAAUGCACUGACUGAUCAGUAGCUUUGGCCACAGAAAACAUAAUCAAUUUCUGGUACAUUUGGCAGGCCAUAGAAUAAUGGUUAUAUAGCAAGCAAUGACUUUAUGGCACGUUUUAAAAAUAGCAUUCAAAUAUACUUUUUGACAGAAAUGUGAAUUCUCACAUUUAUAAGGUAUUCUCUUUCUCUCCUACCUGCCCUCCCCUUGAAACAAAAAUCAACUUUCUAAUAUGUAGAUUUGUUUAAUCUUUUCCUUCUGAAUUGUAUCAUGUUUAUAGAACUGUGAGAAUUCUAGGUAGACAAAUUAGGAAAAUCAGAGUAUUUUUCUAAGCCAGGAACUUCAAAUAAAGUUUUCAAUUUGUAGACUGAGAGAACUUUUGUAGUUACGAUUGCUUUGAGUGAUUUUAAUUUUUUUAUGGCAUCAUGAUCAUCAAUUUCAAAUCCAAGUAAAUUAGUACACCUUUAACCUGGCUUAUUUACCAAAGUUGUAAUCUGUUUGAGAACAGGAUGCCAAAAGCAUCUUUCAUUUUACAGAACGAUUUGGAUAUCUCUGUUGUAUAAGCGUCAUCUUAAAGUUUAAGGGUAAGAAGAAAAAAGGAAGCACUUACACUGCAGGGUGUUCUGAAUACGAGCCACGAAAAGAAAAAAAGUUUUUUUCAGGAAGGUGGUAAGGGAGAGCAUGCAUAUUUCUUGUUUUAACCAAAUACCUUCUUUAUGUAAGGUUCUCUGUUGAAUUACAUAAGUCCUACGGCAAGAAAUAGGGAGAUACUAGGAAAAGCAAGCUUUGUUAACCUACUUAGUAAUUUCUUUUGGCGUAGGUUUGUUUGGGUUAUUCUUGGAACCAAAGGAAAACAGGCAUGUUGAGGUUUUAUUCGAUGUAUAUUAUGACAUUGAAGUAAUGGAAUGUUUUUAAGUAAAAUAGAUUUUACUUUCAAAGCAUAUGAAAUAAGGACAUUUCUGCCUAUUAAAUGUUCAUUUUUUUAUGGCACUUACUAUAAAUUCAGUAGCAUUGUACUGAAAUUAGAAAUUGUGUUAUCAGAAAUAAAUCAUAUUUUGAAAAAGGUAUCUAAAUGCCAAGUGAUAUGACUCUUUCGGCAUAGUAGCUUGGUACAUUCAGCUUUCAGAAACUUUGAGAAGGCAUAGUUUGGCACCUAUUAGUAGUUAUUUUUCUUAUAAUCUCCCCAGAUUUAGAUAAUUUCCCUACUUGUAUGUGUGUCACUUUUAAUUCUAAAGGCAUAAGAAUCAUGGUAACUUUUAGAAGUGGUCCUUUCUUGCUCAUUUCAGUUUUGUGUUAAUUUCUAGUUACUGACCUAUGACUGUAUUUCCUUUCAAACUAUCAGUGGUUAUAUGUACCACGUUUGUUGAAUUAGUUAUCUUAAAACUCACACAAUUGGCUCAGCGUUGAUGUGUCAAACAAUGGCUUUGCUUCUUAACAGGCUUAGUUUCCUGCUACUUGUUUCAGUGUUGAUACAAUAAGUGAUGCAGUAGUCUGGGUGUGUAUGUAUUAAGAAGCUGUACUGUUCUUUCUCUGUGCUUAACUUGCUAAAAAUAUAUUCCCUUACCUAUGAAAUUCCUGAGCGGUGCUCUGCCAACUUUUUUGGGGGGGGAGGAGUUUGGAUGGCUGUAUUACUGCACACUGGAUCUGGAAUUGUUCAGUGUUGUGAGUGGCAAAUUUCUUAAACACCAGCAGCACUGAGAAGUGCACUAUGGGCAUUCGUACAGUUGUCCAAAUGCAAGCAAUUCUUUCAUCUAGGAGAAGUUGAGGAAUAGAGUUCAUUGGAGUACUUGGAAUAUUUUGAGGAGGAUGAACGUUUCAAAUUUGGCUUUUUUACCUCUGGAUGGGGUGGUAUGGAGGGAGAUUUUUUUUUUUUUUUUUUAAAGAGAAAGCAUGUUUGUACCUUCUCUUUCGGAAAGGCCAGGGUGUUGGUCAUAUUCACUAUAGGUUAAUUUAUAUCUUCUUUUGUGAUUUCUUUCAACCAUAAAACAAGUGCCAACUAAUUGUCCACAAGACGAUCUACUCUUCAACUCAAUUUACCAUUUGAAUAGGGAAGGAUUCAUUUAUUCUCAUUAUUUGGCAUUAAACUAAUUUAUUAUUUUGCAUAAAUUUGAGUAAUUAUGUGGCCUAUAAAGUGUUUUUGUAGCAAAUUUAAUGGUUGGAAAGAAAAGCACUUGAGUUUAAAACUGAGCAAGAUAUUUUGGUAAUUUUUCCCCUGAACACAUAGUAGUUUCUAUUGAUGUCCCAAAACAAAUUCUCCUGUUUUAGGUUGUAUAUUUACUUUGCUUUUGUCCUAAGAAAGUGCCAAGCACUAAAUCAAUUUGUUACUGUGUUCCAAUAAUCAGUUUAAAAUCUAAGAUCUUUCUUUUUUCUUUUCUUUUUUCUUUUCUUUUUCUUUUUCUUUUUCUUUUUCUUUUUCUUUUUCUUUUUCUUUUUCUUUUUCUUUUUCUUUUUCUUUUUCUUUUCUUCUUCUUUCUUUCUUUCUUUCUUUCUUUCUUUCUUUCUUUCUUUCUUUCUUUCUUUCGAAGAUUUAAUGAAGUGCCAUGUAAUUGUAGCUAGUAGUGUUUAAUGUUUAAUAGACUGGUUCUGUGGUGUUCUAAUCAUUUAACACUCUGUCAUCCUUGAGAAAGUGGUUCUUUCUUAUUGAACACAUUCUCUCUGACAAAAUCACCAGCUGCUUUAUUUUUCUAUUUAUUACAGUUAAACAGUUGAUGAGGUCUGAAACUUGACCAAACUGCUCAGCUGAGAUGUUUUUCCACAAUAGACACUGUACAAAUGUGCGUGUAUAAGGACACAGUUGGGUGGUAGUAUUUUUUCGUUAAUGUGAACAUUGAUUAAACAAAGCAGUCCUGCCUUUUAAAUCUUGUGGCAGCUCAGAAGGGAGGUGCUUAAGAACCUUAACUACUAUGUCAGAUGACAAAAUACUUUUUUCCAUUUUGGAGAUUGGGUACUGCUCACACAUGAUGUAUAGGGCUAAAUAUAUGCUUGUUUCCUUGCACCUGUGUACUUCCUCUUCUCUCCCUCCCUUUCCUCCCCUGUAGGCAAUAAAUGGCCAUUUUGCAACUGCA